CUCGACAUAGACUGCGCACGAAAUGGCAACGCUGCCGCAAUUGAAAUGUUGGCUACUAACAUAUGGCAACGCUGCAUACAAAAAUAGCGCGUAAUUUGUGCGUGAAGAAAAGAGAAAUUUCGCAAUAAAUAUGAGCAGCCGCAAGCACAGAGGAGCCGAAAACAUUGAAAAUCUAUGUCCAGUAUCCAGAAAACGCUCGUCGAGUAAGAACAGCGCAGUCGGCAUCGGGGCGACAACGUCAAAAGCUGCGCCGUCGUCGUCUACGGCGUCGACGUCGUCUUCGAUCUACGAAUACACUUCAUCGCCCUCUGUGCUCACAUACGAGGCGCUCGAGGAGAUGGGCAUUGGCAUGCUCGAUUCAGAAGAGAGUAGCUCCUCGGCCAUGUCCGCGAUUGCUUUGGCAGUCAGCGCCACCAGCGAUGAGAACUCCAAUGAAACAACGCCCUGUGCUACAAUUGCAGCGCGCAUGUUGCAUCAACACCAGCAACAGUCGCGCCUCAGUCUCAAUUCCACUGGGGACCACAACAACAGUACCCUGGUUGAGCUGUGCAACGAAGAUAGCCAAGAGCAGCGUCUGUUAUCCUUGUCACAAGCGAAGCGCACUGCUUUGGCCAACAACGAGAGUCCAGCGGGCAGCAAUUCGAAUUCGCCCAGUAAACGCACACGCAAUCCGCUGGCCACAGUGACGUGCAACCAGCAAAGCGAGGCGCCACAGCAAACGUUGCUGCCACCGCCACCGCAACAACCACAACAGCAGACACCUCUUAGCUUGCUGCCUUCGACCAGCAAACAAGCGUUGCUGCGACAGCAAAAGAAGCCAACGCCAGUGCCACGCCUGGUGCCCACUCAAAACUUCUUUGUGUAUCGCACCCCAGCGAUGAGUGCUCACAUUAGCAGCGGGAUCAAUUACUUUGAACAGCUGUCCGAUGAGAUACUGCUGGACAUCUUCAGGUGGCUGCCGAAGAAGGCAUUGUUGCGCAUCGCCACCGUUUGUCGCCGCUUCAACUGCUGUGCGCGUGAUGAGACGCUGUGGACACGCUUGGAUUUGGGACUGCGUACCAUUCGUCCGUCUGGCCUGGAGCACGUUGUGCGACGCAGCAUCCCGGUGUUGCGUCUAGCGCAAGCUGAUAUUCAAGAUCCUGCUUUUAGUUACUCGCCAGCUGCUGUUGACUUUCACUCGCGACUGCAAUACUUGGACUUGAGUCUGGCUUCCAUUUCCCUCAUCUCGUUGCAAACAUUGCUCACACAUUGCCGUCAACUCAAGAAGCUCAGUCUCGAGCAUGCUGAGCUCAAUGAUGAGAUUUGCUUUGAGAUUGCACAAAACACAUCGCUGGAAACACUCAAUCUGUCCAUGGCCAGUGGCCUUAAUGCCAGCAGUGUGCGACUGAUGAUGGAAUCGCUCUCCAAACUCAACAGUCUGAACAUUUCAUGGACUGAUCUUAGUGCUGAUGCAGUCACUGCUUUGGUCACCCACGUUUCCCCAAACAUAAUUCGCCUUAAUGCGGCCGGAUGUCGUCGCGUGCUCUUCGACUCCCAUGUCCUCACUUUACACAAACGCUGUAAACAGCUGCUUGAAUUGGAUCUUUCGGAUUGCAACAGCCUGACGCCGGCAGCACUUGCUACGAUUAUGAAAUUCACCAGUCUCGAGUAUUUGUCCGUCUCCCGUUGUUACCUCAUCCCCGCCACGAAUUUUAUAGAACUUAAAAACAUGUCAUCUCUCACCUAUCUGGAUAUCUUUGGUAUGCUUUCGGAAGCCGCCAUGGAAGUUCUGGAGAAGCAAAUGCCCAAGAUUGGCAUCAAUAAGUUCAUACACAGCUCGGUGGGACGCCCAACGGUUGGUACACGUCGCACCUCCAUUUGGGGUAUUCGCACACGCGAUUAG